AUGCGCUUUCUACGCGGCUACCUGAGCUAUGGCUCUGCCCUGGCGAGCGCGAUCACGGGCGAAUAUGCCUUUGCGGAGGAACAGACGCCUCUUCUCCGCCACGCAGACAAUCGCAAUGUCUCACCGGAAUUAUUCACAGAGCUAGAGGAAUUGGCGCGAAUAGUUGAUAUCAGUUACUGCGUCGGCCUCACCAGCUUUGGCAUCAUCAAGCCGUUUAAGUGCCUGUCGCGAUGCUCAGAUUUCCCAGACUUCGAGCUGGUCACGACAUGGAAUACGGGACCGAUGCUGAGCGAUUCGUGCGGCUACAUCGCGCUGGAUCAUGGCAAUCAGAGGAUUAUUGUCGCCUUUCGAGGAACGUACAGUGUUGCAAAUACUGUGGUGGAUCUAUCCACAAUACCACAAGAGUAUGAGCCUUACCCCGGUGACGACGAGGAGCUGAGUGGCACGGCACCUCUCGAUGUGGCGAAGGAUGUUCUCGCUGGCAUAGGCCAUCAGAGACGAGACGAGUCUGUUUCUGUUUUGGAGAGGACGAAAUGCGAGGACUGCACCGUGCAUAUGGGCUUCCACUCCGCGUGGCUGAACACCAAAGACAAGAUCCUGUCGGACCUGCUCCAGCAGCUAUUGAUCCACCCGGACCACCAGCUCAACCUCGUUGGUCACAGUCUGGGCGGUGCAGUAGCAGCGUUAGCAGCUCUUGAAUUGAAAGGCCGUGGCUACGACCCGAUAGUCACCACUUUCGGCGAGCCACGCAUCGGCAACAAAGGUCUUACAAAAUAUCUGGACGACCGCUUCAAUCUAUCAGUCUCGACCGAGAAUGACCUGCAUCUGAAGUACAGACGAAUCACCCACAUCGAUGACCCCGUCCCUCUCCUCCCCCUAACAGAAUGGGGCUUCGCAAUGCACGCCGGCGAAAUCUACAUUUCCAAGCCAGCUCUCACACCCGACAUUUCGGACCUCGAGCAUUGCGCUGGGGACAACGAUCAAUCCUGCAUCGCGGGCCAGGACUCCACGACUUCGCGAUCUGCUGAGGCAGCGACUCGGAAGCGCGACCUCUUGACCUCUGUGGAGGAUGAAAUCGUUGAUGUGGUUAAUGAGCCCUGGGGUAUCCCGUCGAGGUAUAAGCUUUGGCAGCUGUUCUUCGCGCAUCGGGAUUACUUUUGGCGACUGGGGCGGUGUGUGCCCGGCGGUGAUCCGUUGGGUGGGGGUGUUGCGGAUGAUGAAAAGGAUUCAUUCGCACGAUCGUCUUCCGUGCGAGUAUCGCUGCUCGAAAACACCAAUACCCCAGUGUUCAGCUAA